AUGUCCGGAAGCCAAAGGAGGUUAGAAAGCCGAGGGGAUGCUCCAACCAAGUAUGUGAGUCCCCCGGCUUCUGAACUCCAGAGGCUGAUGUGGACCAAGAAAGGCAGCAAGAGCAACCACAUGGACGAGGUCCAGCCGAGGAUCUUCUUAGGAGACAUGUAUGCUGCCAAAGACAAACGUAGCCUUAAGGCACAUGGCAUCAGCCACGUGCUGAACGCCGCCCAUGGCAAGUUCAACAUUGACACGGGUGCCAGCUUCUACAGAGACAUCAAUCUGGAGUAUCACGGCGUGGAAGCCUUUGACAUGGUGACCUUUGACCUAAGUCCCUUCUUUUACAAGUCGGCCGACUUCAUCAGGAGCGCCUUGAGUUUGCCCACAGGCCGAGUGCUCGUACACUGCGCCAUGGGCCUGAGCCGGUCGUCCACCCUGGUGCUGGCCUACCUGAUGAUCCACGAGAAGAUGACGCUGGCGAAGGCCAUCGAGGCUGUCGGCGCCAACCGCAACAUCUGUCCCAAUGCUGGCUUCCUGGAGCAGCUGCGAGCGCUCGAUGUUCAGCUCCAGUCCACCAGACUAAACUCCAAUAGGGAAACAUUUUGA